AUGGCACGCAUCGACUAUGCGCCGGGAGGCCAGAACCCGCCGCAUACCCACCCGCGCGCCACCGAGAUCAUCUUCGUUACCCAAGGAGUCCUCGAGGUGGGCUUCAUCACCACCGCCAACAAGCUCUUCACUAAGACCGUAACCGUCGGAGACGUGUUCGUCUUCCCGCGUGGGCUCGUGCACUUCCAGCAGAAUAGGGGACGUGGCCCCGCCUCCGUCAUCGCCGGCUUCAACAGCCAGCUCCAGGGCACACAAGUCAUCGCCACCACGCUCUUCGCUGCCGCGCCGCCAGUGCCUAGCGAUGUGCUGGCCAAGGCCUUCCGGAUCGACAACGGGCAGGUGGACGCUAUCAAGGCCAAGUUCAUGUAG